AUGGCGGGCAAGAAGAAGGCGCGCGGCCAUCGAGGCGGAGGCGUUCGCGCGGGGGCCGGGCGGCAUCGGCGGGACGAGGAGGAGGAGGACGAGGAGCUGCGCGCGCAGCAGCUCGACGAGCUCACCGCCAUUUCCGCCAUCUUCGCGGACGACUUUGAGCUGCGCGCGGAGCGGCCGCUGGUGGAGUACGCGCUGCUGCUGCGCCCGCACUACUCCUUCGCCGCGCACGCCAACCUCGACGCCGUCUCCCUCCACCUCGUCGUCAGGUACGUGGCGGGGUAUCCGAGGCGGCCGUUGAAGGUGCGAGUGGAGGCGAGGGAGGGGUUGCAGCAGGAGGACGUGGUGGAGCUGGUGGCGCUGCUGCACGACCAGGCAGCGCGGGCAGCACGGGAGGGGCGGGUGACGGUGUUCAACCUGGCCGAGACAGCGCAGGAGUUCCUCUCUCGCCGCCUCUCAGCUCUGUCGCCCGCCACUCACCACCCUCUUGCUCCCACCCAGCAUGGGGGCGACAGCGCAUCUGAUGGCUCUGCCUCCGACAACACUGCCCCCUCCGCCUCCAGCAGUGCGUGGCCGCUGGGGUAUUCUGCGGUGACGCUGUCAGCGUCGGGGGGAGGGGAAGAGGACACAGGGGGGUCGGUGGGCGAGCUGAUUCGGCGCGUGAGAGACGGGCUCAGGAGUAUGCAGGUGCUGGCAGAGGUGGAGCAGCUGGUGGGCCAUCAGAGGAGCACAGCCAGCACAGCGAGGCACAGGGGAGCAGGCGGCGCGCGCACGCAGCAGGACGGUGAUGAUGAUGGAGGGGAUGAGGAGGAGGGGGAGGAGGACGAGCAGAGUGAGGAGGAGGAGGAGGACGAUGAGGAUGAGGAGGAAGAGAAUGAAGGGAGAAGUUUCUCAACGGAUGGAGGGACGGCAGUGGGUGCAGAUGGGAGGGAUGCAGCGCAGGGAGCCACUGCUGCUGCAGCUGCGGUGCUGGCCUCGGCCUCAGGAGCACAGCGCCAUGGGUCGCGAGACAUGUACACGGGCAUGAUCCAGCGCGACCUGCUCCUCGCUCACCUGCUGCGCAUGGUCACGAGCCACAACGGACCUCUGCCCCACGCCCUGCCUGCCCUCGCCUCUCAGCUGCACGCUCUUGAGGUGAUACCGCAGUGGGUGGCGGAUCUGCUGCACCAUGACCCGCGCCUCAUCGACCGUGCCUUCCACCGCGUCUUCAGCAAGCCCGCCCGCCGCCUCACCUCGCACGCCCAUGCUGACCCAUCUGUGCAGCGGGCGCUGCAGCGGUUCUGGUCGGGCAGUGCGGGGGGGCAGGGCAGCGCUGCAGAUGCGGCAGCACAGGCGUCGGGGUCGCGCUACCUCUCUGACUUCGAGGAGGUCGCCAUGCUGGGCAAGGGCGGGUUUGGGUCGGUGGUGCUGUGUGUGAACAAGCUGGACGGGCGCAAGUACGCCAUCAAGAGGAUUCCCCUCCGGGGCAAGAGCCCCGCCCUCAACUCCAAGAUCCUCAGGGAGGUGGCGACGCUGUCGCGCCUGCAGCACCAGCACGUGGUGCGCUACUACCAGGCCUGGUUCGAGACCGGCGCCGGCCACUCCACUCGCCACCUGCCCGCUUACAGCGACAUGGACAGCAUGGAGGGCAGCGCGAGCCCCACCGCGAGCACGUCGCUGGCGUCGGCAUCGGAGUGGCUCACACGCGAUGCACACCUCACCCACUCCCACAGCGUGCGGGGGGGGAGGGACAGCAGGAGAGGGGGCGAGGCGGAAACGACGUACCUGUACAUUCAGAUGGAGUACUGCCCCAGGACGCUGCGGCAGGUGUUGGAGGCGAGGGGGGGGGACGAGGUGGAUGGUGCGUGGGCGUGGAGGGUGUUUCGGCAGGUGGUGGAGGGGCUGCUGCACGUGCACGGGCAGGGCAUCAUCCACCGCGACCUCACCCCCAACAACCUCUUUGUGGACCCCCGCGGGGACAUCAAGAUCGGCGAUUUCGGCCUCGCCAAGUUCUCGGAGCUGGGGGAGGGCGUGGGGGAGGGCGUGGGGGAGGGCGUCUCUGUUGCAGGCGCUGGAGAAGAGGCAGAAAGGGAAGGGAGCCCUGAAGGGGGUGCAAAAAGGGGGGAGAGGGCAGGGGGGGCGAUGGGGGAGAGGGCAGGGGGGGCGAUGGGGGAGAGGCGGCAGUCGGCGACGGGGCAGGUGGGGACGUACUUCUACACGGCACCCGAGGUGGAGCAGGGCUGGGCGCACGUGGACGACAAGGUGGACAUGUGGAGUGUGGGCGUGGUGCUGCUGGAGUGCUGGCACCCCUUCCACACGGCCAUGGAGCGCGCUCACACGCUCUCAGCCCUCAAGCUGCACCGCACCAUUCCUCACGAGUGGGCGUCCAAGCACCCCCAGGUGGCGGAGCUGGUGAGGCGGCUGCUGAGCCCGCUACCCAGUGACCGCCCGUCAGCAGCGGAGGUGUUGCGCUCCAACCUCAUGCCGCCGCGCAUGGAGGAUGAGGCGCUCAACGGCAUACUGAGGGCCAUCCAGGCGCGGGGGGACGACUCCUCGUCCGCUGGUCCCUCCUCGUCGGCCGUGUACGACCGCGUGCUCGCCGCCAUCUUCGCCCGCCUCCCCGCCUCCCCUCCCUCCUCCGCGCCCACCCCGCCUCCUGUGCGCGCGCUGCCUGGCGGGGCGGGGGGUGGGGAGGAGGAGGAGUGGGAGCGGGGGGCGGUGCGGUGGACGGGGGCGAGGGAGGCGUUCAUGGCGGGCGUGCAGCGCAUCUUCCAGCGCCAUGGCGCCCUGCGCUCCGACACACGUGUCGUUGACUUUGCCUAUCCCGACCGCCGCACCCACGAGCUGGCAGUGCGAGUGGUGGACGCACAGGGCUCGCUGCUCUCACUGCGCUACGACACCCGACUCACCUUCGCCCGCUGGGUCGCCGCCACACAGACCUCGUCUCUGAAGCGCUUCCAGUUCUCCUCUGUCUUCCGCCGCGCUCCCGGUCGCCGCCCCCCUCACGAUUACCUGCAGGCAGACUUUGACAUUGUGGGAGGGACGCCAGUUCUGGCAGAUGCUGAAGCCAUCAAGGGAGUGGGGCUGGGUGAGGCGGUGGUGGAUCGCCUGCAGGCGGUGGAGAAGCGCUUCAGUGGGCCGGCAGACGAUGCCAUGGCGCGCCUCACAGGGGCGCUGCCACCAGGCCCACUGGUGGCGGCAGCGCUGGAGGAGCUGGGCGAGCUGCUGGCGCUGCUGCGCGUGUGGGGCAUCCACCCCGCCUGCACCACCAUUGACGCGCUCAUGGCGCCCUCCCACCACUACUUCUCCAAAUGCUUCUUCCAGGUCCACGCAAGGCACCUGCCGUCUCAACCUCCCCAUCACCAGCACCACCACCAUCAUCACCAGCAGCAGCACCCCCUGAACCCUACCAGCACGCAGCGCACCACCGUGCCUGCCUCUGAUGCGUCCUUGCCUGGCGCUCGCUCGCUCUCCGCCUCGCCCCCAUCCGCCCUGGCCGCCCCGUGGUCGUCCUCGCCGCCCCUCUGCGUGGCCGUGGGUGGCCGCUACGAUGCCCUGCUGCUCCACCUCUCCUCCUCCUCCUCCACUGCUGCUGCCGCUGGGAGAGGAGCGAGCUCUCGGCCAAGAGGGGCAGGAGGCAGUGGGGGGGGCAGUGGGGCGGUGGGGGCGGUGGGGUUCAGUGUGGCGCUGCACAAGCUCAUGGCGCCGUCACUCCCAACCACCCACCACUCUUCCAGGCAGGCAGCGGUGGAUGUGCUCGUGUGCGCCAGGGGAGGGGCGGGGCUGCUCAGCGAGAGGAUGGAAGUUUCUGCGCAGCUGUGGGCGGCAGGAAUCAAGGCGGAGUAUGUGUGCGUGCGGGCGCCGAGCCUGACGGAGCAGUACGAGCACGCGCACGAGCACGGCAUCAAGUGGCUCGUGCUGCUCACCGAUGCCGGCCUGCACACCCACUCUGCCAAGGUACGGCAUCUAGAUUUGAAGACAGAGGAGGAAGUGAGCCUUGAUGAUUUGGUCAAGUUCUUCCUCGACGGCUUGCCGUCUCUACCCACUUCUCGCCGCCGUGGGGCCACAGCACCAUCUGGUUCUGGCGCUGCUUGA